AUGUCAAUUACAUCGCGCAGCCAGAGCUCCUCUCCCGACAUUCUCGGUCCUCCAGGUGAUGCCGACUAUUUAAUAUCGUCGCCUAUUAAGCCGUUUGCUGGUCGCCAAAGUUGGCUAUCCCCGGCAAUCAUCAGACGUCAACAAACACCGGCCAAGCGACCGCGCCUGAGCUUCAGUCCUACGAAGAGCGCGCAAUCGAUCCGAUUCGACGAUGUCAUACUCCCUGGUUCUCCUACAAUGAAACUCAAUGGUCGCCAGAGGUCCCUCUCACCAGAAAAGAUUCUUCAGCCUGACGGCGAUGUAAGCCCGUGGCGCAUUCGUGUCACUUUAGAGGCGACGCAAGAUGAAGAGAACCAUGGUACCCCGUCGCGCAAACGCCUACGACCCUCCACCAUGACUACGAUGGUCCCGUUAAAAGAUGAACCGAGCCCAUUGAUAGAAAAGACGCCUGCGAAACGACGUGGACGUCCUCGAAAGUCUGGUAUGCCGGCACAGAAUGGAUCACCGUGGCCGGGUAGCCCAGGGAAUACUCCUGGCUUACGCGAAACCCCAUUACGAAAACGAGGACGCCCAAGGAAGGGAACACCAAAACUGCAGAUGACGGACAUCACCAUGGCUGAAGAUGAGCCGACGCCAGCACCCCAGACUGAUUUCAGUCCAAUGGACUUGACAAUCGACAACGAUAAUGUUGGCCGCCAAUGGAGUCCGAUAAACUUUGCUGCCGAUGGAGGAUCUGAUAGUGAUUCUAUUGGAGCGGAUGAUCUACCUCUCACAAACUUGCGACCAACACCAGCGCGUGUUGAGACUUGGACCCAUACCUCCGGCCAUGAGUAUGGAAGAACUAACUAUGACACUCCUGUGAUCAAUCACUUUGAAGACGUUGAUGAGCGCAUUAACUCCACUCCAUCAAAAAUGCCGUCGCCCAUGCGAGAGAGGCAAGCCCUAUCUAGCAGAUCUUCACGCCUUGCUAGCAACACUUCUUCACCACAUACAUACCCGACCCCAACCCCGACUUCUUCGCCCAUUGAGGAAGAAAUUCAAGCAAUAGAGGACCGUGAAGAUGACAAUUCAGCUCCCAACGAUCAUAACUUUGAACACGAUCCAACGGACGAUCACGAGGAGUUCGAUUCUAUCAUGGAAAGUGAGGGGUUUACGAUGAUUUCUUUGGACACACUCCCAUCAGCAAGACAUCAUGGACUUGGCUCAGGUUCUAGGACAGCUACGGACAAUCCUACCAAGAUAUUACAGGACAGGCACAAUGGGCGUAUCGGCGAGCGCCUGAAACGCAAGCUUCCUGGGAUUGAUGACCUUAAAAUUGAUAGUCACAGUUCGGCAAGACCGAGUCCAGUGGCUGAUGGACCUUCUCCUACACAGCCAGCUAUAUCUGAUACGCCACAAGGAUCGGACAGGCACAACAGGCAAAUCCCAACCCCCGCUCUUUUCUAUCCUGAAAUUUUUGCAACCGAUUCACCAAAGCCAGCUUCGGCAAAGGAGCAAAGCAGGACAAAAUUACUCCAAAAUUUUGAAGAAGUCUCCGAUGAGGAGGAAGAGAAGGCACUGGAAGAAGAGCAGAAAGUGGAAGAGGUUGUUCAAACAAUAUCGCACAAAUCUGAGCAAGAAAACUCACCACAGCCCAGCCCUAUGGCUUCCAUACGAGCCAGACAAGAGGCAGAAUGGGAACUGGAGCGAGAAACGGUUAGCCGACAUGCGGAGGCUUCCAUGAGUGCAGGGCGUGCCGUAUACAUUGACAGCGACGAGAAUGAUCCGCAAGAGGAAGAUAAAAAUCUUCACGAUAAUUUUGAUGAUCACGUGGACUACGACUCCGAGAUUGAGGUUGUUGAGGAAGUCAUCCCAGAAGAACUGGCCUUUCCAUAUGAUUCCGAAUAUGACGAUUAUGUCGAUGGAGAGCCGGAGGGCUUCGAACCAGGACUCCUGUCGAAACCGAAACUGGAGCAAGCUGAGGUAGUGGAGAUUGAUGAUGAUGUUUCUGAUGAUAUCUGGCGACAAGAGGUUCGUCCAGAACCGCGACCAGAACGUCGAAUAUGGGAACCAGAACCUGUUCCAGAACAGGAAUUUGAGGCAGAACAAGAGUCUGAACCGGAACCAGGAUCCGAGCUUGAGCCCGAGGCAAUCUCAAUCGCACAAGAAGAAGGAAGGAAUGAAGAAAUCUUGGCUGACGGUGAGGGGGAUGACUACGGUGAUAUCUGGCAACAAGAGGCUCUGGAUAACAGUGACAUCUCUCCAAAUUCGAUCGAUCAUCCAGAAGCGUCACCUGGGAAAACCAGUCCUUGGAGGCAGAUUGAUAUUUCCGCCAACCAAAAUCACCAGAGCUCAUCUCCAGUCUACGUGACAAUGGAGUAUGACAAUGAACCCUGGCUGGAACCGACACAUAUCCGUAAACUGCGUGACCAAGAGGUCGAUUUAUCUGCGCUCCUAGCCCAAGAUGAUACACCGAAUCGCGCUCGUUACUUCAGUGGAACAAGCACCCCGCGCAGUAUUCUGGAUCGCCGAUACGGCUCCCAAAACACAUCGAUCAAUGGCUCUCUCAACCUUGCCUCGAAUAAUGCAGAUAGGCGAGCUCGUCUGCAACCUAUCUCUCAGUCUCCAGAGAGGGAUUCCCCUGCGGUAGCUCAACAUCUACCUACGCAAAGUGACGAUGAUAAGGUUUCUGUUUCUAAUUCUGGUCUUCCAGAGAUGGAGAUGGUACGCGAAAACUCCUCUGCCGCCACACCAGAACCCCAUGCGUCAAAGGACGGCACUGCAGCAUCAUCCUGGUUCAGUAAAAUCACGAGCCUUACCCCACGGUGGCUGAAAGCCCCCGCCCAGUCUAGAUACGAUAACCACAGUGUUAUCCCCGACGAAGAACAGGUGGGGAGUCAUCAGAGCGAUAAGGAGGAGCUUGGCGACAUCGAUUCGGCUGGAGAAAUUCACGAUAAUGCUCAGCAUGAGCUACUCCCGGACCCUUCCAUCCAAUCACCUGAAAUGUACCCUAUCCUUCCUCGGAUUGAUGAAGAAUACCCUGAACCUUCGGUGGAUGCACCUUCAGAUGGUGAAUCACCUUUAGAGCAUGAUAUACAUUCCGCCAAAGAUGCAUAUUCGGUGGAAAACUCACCCCCUCGAGAAGAGAUAGGGGAACUCUCCAUUGAGAAAAGUGUUUCUGAAGAUGCAGUGGCAGAUGAUGAUCACGAUCACGCUGUCAGUCUGCUCGACGACAGUCACAAUAAACCAGAGCGGCCAAGACCCCUCGCGGUCUUCGGGUACUUUUCUGACGCCCACUACGUGGCUCUUCGGCGCAUCUACCAAAUGGCAAAGCGGCAUCCAGAGCGCGUCAAAUACUUUGAUACACCGAGUCGUGAUGAGAUCAUCGGUGACUGGAUCUGGGCAUCAGAUGGCCGCCACGGGGUACCUAUCACCGAAGUACAAUUUGCAAUUAUUGAUCGCUUUACAUAUGAGCUUUCUCGUGCCAAUAUGCAGAAUGGGGGAUCCGGAAAUAUUGGCUGGACAGAGGCUGAUCUGCAUCGGAGGUUGAUCAGCAUUAUCAUUGGCGAGCAAAUACGAGAGGAGCAGAAAGUAAAGGCAGUUCGAGGAACUUCAGUUGAUACAUUGCGAUAA